AUGUUUUCUUAUCUUCGUCAAUCUUGGGAGACUGGAAUGGAGGGACAUCUCAUUGAAGAUAUGAUACGAACUGCAUUUCGUGACUUUCCCCCAUACGCGGGUGCGGAUCAGCAGCAAUUACGUUGUGUUCGUCGCCAGAGUGAUGGAACGACUACCACUCUUGUAUAUGAAGAGGAUGGUGAGUGGUCUGUGAAUGUAGUGAAUCCAUAUGUUGGCACAGUGGCGUUUACAACCACACGAGAAGUUCUGUUUGAUUUGCGUGCACGUAUUCCAUUGCGAUGGGGACGUAAAGAGAAUAAUAAUAAUAAUAAUAAUAAUAAUAAUAAUAAUAAUAGCCCUAGUAGUAGUAAUGAUAACGAUAAGGAGGCUACCACUAUAAAUAAUAAAGAGGGUGAUCAUAGCGGUAUGGAUAGUUCUCAUAAUGCUACUGAAUUAACCAAUGAGAGUUCUUCUGUGAAUAAUAAUAAUAAUAAUAAUAAUAAUAAUAAUAAUAAUAAUAAUAAUAAUAAUAAUAGACAUCCUCGACGAUUCUUUACAUCUACGGCGAUAAACCCUUCUUAUCAUACACCUGGCACGAUUGGAGUGUUGGAAUUACUCUUCUCUCCAUCCUCCAAACGUCAUGGUGUGGGACUCUCCCUUGGACCACUCUCUCUAAGAGCCACUACACUUCCCAAUAUGAAUGCCAGUACACUAAAUACUUCUGAUAAUUCCAAAACACCCAAUAGUACUGCAGAAAUGUAUUAUGGACUUUAUAGAGGUCCAUUUGUGAUGGAUGCCUCUUUAUGUACAUCUGUGCAUAGUAUACUUCCUAAGAGAGUUGCUGCCUUUUUACCAUCCUCGUGUUAUUUAUUUACUGCUCUUCAACAUCCUGUUGGGGCUACAGAAGGAGAUACAUUAAGUGCUAUUUCUCUUCGUAGUAUAUCUCCAAAUAGAAGACAAGCUAUGAAUAGUAUUUAUGAUCAUUAUAACAAUUUAUGGGAUAGUUGUGAUGAUUUUAAUUUACUUGUGGUACAAACACUUAUUUCGACUGGAAGAUCACGAAAUGGUUUAGAUGAUACUACGGUGAGUCGUAGUUCACUCUUAGCUCGUGAUUCCAGUUGGCGAGAUUUAGGUACAUUGAUUGGUGUAAGUAAAUCUUUUAAUGAUGGACUUCUUCGCAUAAGUGGAUCUACAUUAUUUCAUGAACGGGAUACAGAUUAUGAGGCGGCUAUUACUUUAGAUGCCACCUCUAUUCUUGCUAAUCCCACAUUAUUAAAAAUUGGAAUGAAUGGAAUUGGCCGUGUGGGUGUUAGUAUCGCGACGAGACUGUUUGAUAGUCUCACCGUAACUCUUGGGAUGCACCACACACGUGGAGCCGUGACUCGGUUUGGACUGGAGAUUGCAGUCUAG